AUGGAGGCGUUUAAUCAGCUCCUGGUGGAGUAUCCAGAACUCAUGUUUAGCGGAAUGGGCGCUACAGCAGUGGUGGCUGGAGGAGCGCUCUUCUACAAACUGUCCUUCAGAAAGAAACCGUCUCAUGCCAAUGUGAACUGCUGGUUUUGCAAUCAGAACACUGUGGUGCCCUAUGGAAACAGGAAUUGCUGGGACUGUCCGAACUGUGACCAGUAUAAUGGCUUUCAGGAGAAUGGAGAUUACAACAAACCUAUACCUGCCCAGUACAUGGAGCACCUAAACCAUGGUGUUUCUGGGAGCCAUCCUUCACCAGAGCCUCCAAAGACCUUGCAGUGGGUGAACUGUCAGAUGCUGCUUUGCCGAAAAUGCAAUAAUAACCAAACCUUAAAGAUCAAGCAGCUAGCCUCAUUUAUACCAAGAGAUGAUGAAAAUUAUGAUGAAGAGAUUGAAUCCUACAAGCAUCAUCUUGAGCAGACAUACAGGUUGUGUAGGCCAUGCCAGGCAGCUGUGGAGUACUAUAUUAAAUACCAAAAUCGUCAACUGAGGACUGUACUUCUAAACCAUCAACUUAGGCGCAGCCGUGACACUGACAAGGCUUUUGUAAAGAGCCCUUACGCUGCAUCAUGCCCCUCAGUGGUAAUCAUCUUGCGGAUACUUGGCUUUCUAAUUUGCGCCUUCUUGUUUGCAUCAUCGUAUACCCCUUUGGCUGAUCAGUUACCUACUGAUGCAGUCACUCCUCCACAGCCUGCUCUCAACCAGUCUAAAAGUCAAAGCAAUGAUACUGUCCAUGUUUGGGAAAGUCUGCUUCAUUGGUUUCCAGAAAAGACACUUGAAAAGACCCUUGAAAAGUCUAAGGCCGCUCUCCAGUAUGCAAAAGAGAGUCAGAUGGGUGUUGUAGCGCUUGGCCUUUUGACUUGUCUCACUGGUAUCUUCCUUGCAGGACCCACAAGGUUGAGGAGAAUUGAUGCCUUGGCGUCUGUUUUGUGGUUUCUUAUCCUGUGUCUUUACAUUCCUGAGAGCUUCAGCGUUGAUGUCUCAGACUGGCAAGAUACAGCCAAAUUCUGUACCGUCUCCACCUGUUGUCUGGUCAGCUUUGGUGCAGCGGUGGCCACCCAUAGACUGCAGGGUUCAAGAAGAGGCAGAUACCGAAGAUAUUUUUCCAGUGGCUUCCAGACUCCUUUUCCUGUUGACCAGACAGAUGCCAUUGUUCUGACUCCUCCACCAAAUCUUUGUAAACUCAUAAACCAACACCAGUUCAUAAACCAUCACAGGAGUCCACGGGAGCGCAAGGCCUCUCCCACGUCUCUGCCGGGCCGCCUCAACAGGGCACUCAGUCUGGGGACCAUUCCAACACUCACACGCACAGAUUCUGGAUGUCUGUUCAGUGGAAGUAGGCCAUCUUCGGUCUACAACUCCCCAUCUUCAGAUUGCUUUUCACUCAAAUCUGGAAGCCGGCCGUCGUCCCCUGCCCCAUCCCCAACCCCCUCUGUGACCGGGACCCCCUCAGUGUCCCCCAGAGUGUCCCCUUCUCUCCGGAGUCAGGAGCCAUCGUCUUCAGUCUACAACACCUGUUUCUCUUCAGACAUAUUCCCCCUGCACAGUCAAACUGAUUUAAAUCAAAGUUUUUGUGAUGGGAGUGUGAUUGAGGGGAAGGGGAGCUCUGAUUCUUCUGCCUGUUUGGUUGACACGACAACACAAGGACCAGACACCAGCUCUUCAGCAAAGAGUUUUGGGAGACGCAUUAUUUGGCCGGGACUACUGUUAUCUAGUCUCAGCGCAAACUUGGAAUACAGCCUCCAUCUUUUACUGCAACAAAAGCAUGAAGAGAAGGUGACCGACCGGCGCGCUGACAGUAGCUGCAGCCGUGGAGGUGGUGCUUCGGCGCUGUCGGUAAAUGCAUAG